UGAGGUUAUUUUUGAAUGAGAACGACCGGUACGGCACCAGCAACGCCAUGGUGUAACCCAACCCCCAGCCCACGACCACAAUCAGCUGUAGAGCCGGGACCGGUCAGCCUGCGUGGAAGGGUUCUCAGUAUGUGAGUGCGCCACGGUCCGAGCACAUGUGCUGGAUUACAUACUGUACCUGCCACCCCAGAACAAGAUGGAGGGUUGUUAUAUGCCCAACAACCCGGCGCACUACGGCUUGGAGCCUGGAGGCCCUCCCGCUCAGUCGCUCUGGACCGACGACAUGGGAUCCUUCUCCUUGCCGCCCCUCGACCUGGACCCGCUGCCCAGCCUCUUCCCCUUCAGCCCUUCUAACUACAAGUCUGACUUCGGACCUCUGUUCGAGCCCAAACACGAGGCCAAGCAACCUCACGACGUGGCCGACGUGUUGCUGUCUCUGAAGCAUGCCGUCGUACACCCCGGACAGACCUCACCCUCGUACUACCCGCAGACACAAUGUGGUGUGACCUCGAGCCCCUCUGCAUCGCUCUCCUACACUGUGCACCCCCACCAGAUGAUGUCACCGGGAGGAAACUAUGCUCCGACACAAUACGAGCAGAGCAGCUACCAUCACCAGGCGCCAGUGUUCCCGAGCAUGAGCGUGAACGUCAGCAUGAACAUGACCAUGCACGGUUACCCGCCCACCAUGACUGACAAUCUUCAGCACCAGAUGACGUGUCCUCAGAUGCAAUGGACAGCCGCGGCGCCGUCCAACCCCUCGCCAGUCUACCAGAGUCAGGCAUUGCUGAGUCCUCAGCCCGCCUACCCAGGGGGUGCCACGUACUCCUUCACUGCCGACUUCCGCCCUCCUCCCCCCGACCAACCCUUCAUCUGUUCUUCCACUCCGUCCUCCUUCAAGCCCGUCAUCAACAAGUCUGCCGCCUUCCCGCCCAACAAUUCCUGCCUGAGGUCCAGCAAGCGGCCUACGCCCAGUGUCGGCAAGGUGCCGCCCGCCCUAGGCUCUCUGGAAAACGACUCGUCCAGACCCAACCUGUGCCGCAUUUGUGGCAAAACCUACGCUCGACCUAGCACACUGAAGACCCACCUACGGACACAUUCGGGCGAGAAACCUUACAGAUGUGACGACUGUAACAAGUCGUUCAGCCAGGCCGCGAACCUCACGGCGCAUGUCCGUACUCACUCCGGCGAGAAGCCCUUCCGCUGCCCCAUCUGUGCCAGGAGGUUCUCCCAAUCGUCCUCAGUGACCACACACAUGCGCACGCACUCGGGCGAGCGGCCGUACCGCUGCCGACUUUGCAAGAAGGCGUUUUCUGACUCAUCAACGCUCACCAAACACCUCAGGAUACAUUCGGGGGAAAAACCGUACCAGUGCAAGCUCUGCUUGCUGAGAUUCUCCCAAAGUGGUAACCUGAAUAGACACAUGCGUGUGCAUGGCAGUGCUGCUGGCAGUCUGCUGCUGCCCGCGUGACAGUGCAAGCCCUCCUGGCUGUUGAGUCGCUCACACCUCAACUGCUGGUGUCAGAACUAACCAUCAGCCACUAUCAAUCAAGAAGACUACUUUCAUUGAUUAUCGAAUGUUCGUCAUUCCAAAAGUAAGAGAAUGAAGAACAAUAAGCGCUCCUGGAAAGUGUUUGUAUGUAUGAAAAAAUUUACAUAUAAAGUUAACACAACUAUAAUAUAUGAUACAACAGUUACAUAUAAUUUAUAUAGGUCGAAGGUAGGAGAAAACAAGAGGAAAAAAAUAAUUUCAGAGGAUUAAAAUAAUAAAUAAGAUUUUGCUUUCUUUGAUGAAAAGUAGCUUCUUCAUUGAUAUCAAUCUUAAAAUAUAAACCCAUCCAACGUGCCUUCUUAGAAUGCAUGUUUGUAAAUAAACUAGUGUUUAGUGUUAGUAUAAGAUCACAUGAAAUGUGAAAAGUUUCCAUUCCAAAAAUGACUGCAAGAUAUUAACUAGUUUGAGUAACUUUACGUUUUUCUAAAAACAAUUAAAGCUUUAAAUUUAAUGCCUUUUAAAAUUUGCCAACACUUCUUACACAUUUCACGCAAUUUUUAGUAUAUUCCCGACACAAAGUGGGUUGAACUUCAUGCCUACAACAAUGGCAAUAAAUACAUUCGUCAUUGUUUCUAGUAUUUUGUUGAUUGACUAUACAAUUAUUGUGAUUACUGAUUUGAAAUUAACUGGUUGUAGUUGUUUGAUCUUUAAUAAGUAAUAAUGGACGAAAAGAUGGUUGCUUUCCUGUGUGCUAUUAUGUAACAAUGAUGCUGAUAACGAAACAAGUAGUUAUACACAAUAAUCGACUGCUUGGCAAUAAAAUAGGUGCUUCCCCGAAAAACCCCCAAUUAUUUUCUAACUACCAGAUAAAAUUGAGUAUAAAUUGAGUUUAUACUAUUUUCAGAAAAUCCACAAUUUUAUAUACAAUGGCCAUCGCUAACUUCGGUCGAUCUCAGUGUCUGAUCUCAGCAUAAUAUUCGAUUGGGGAUCCUUGUAUUAUAAUUGAGAUUUUGUAACCAUAAUACGUGUCUUACCUACACGUUUAUUAGACGUAUUAGUUAUAAUUUUUAAUUAACGAAAACUGGACUGAAAAUAUCUGAGUGUAGAGUGGUCGAAAACUUUGAAAAAGAAUUCGUUCUCGUACAUCGAAUACAUUUACACAAUUUGAAAAUAUUCCAACAGUUUUGGAUAUAAAACAACAUCAUCGUCAUUUUAUGUGACAAAUAAGAUGUAAAUUUAACAUUAGCAUAGUUUGUAAGUAUAUAUAUUAGACUAAGUAAAUUAACUUAAGGCAGAUUAAACCAAAGAUUACAACAUGUCAAUGUAGCUAUUCUAGUCAUUUUGUGUAAAACGGCAUAUUGUGUUUCCUGUGAUAAGUAAUUUUUUACAGAUUCAAAUAAAUUGAUGGAAACUA